AAAACGUGACCGAAAUGCAUUUUUUCACUUUCGCAUAGUAUAAUUUGAUCACAGUAGUAACAUUAUACUUUGUCACGAGACACAUUCCUGUGAUUUUAACGAGUGAUGUUAUUUUUUAAAUAUUGUGAAUGAAUGUGCAAAAACAAUUAAAUACUUUUAAAAUGGCACCAGUAGUCACCGUUACGAAAGUGUUAAAAAAACAAAAGCUGCUCUAUGAUAAACACAGCAUUAAAGAACAUGAUACAAAAGAUACUUUGUUAGAAAACUGCGAUAGCAAAAGUGUUGCAGCUCAUAGAGCUGUAGAUUACUAUGACGAAGCGCUACCGAAAAAUGACCCAAAAUUCCUUGCACCCGUAAGAAGAUGGGAAAAGCGGAUGGGGUUCCUGACCCCACUCCGAUGGAUAAACAUUAUUGUCAUAUCGUUAUUUCACAUAAUAACUGUAGCAAGUACUGCAUAUAUAUUUAUAAUGGGUGAAGGGCCUAAAUGGCAGACUAACCUUUUUGAAUUGACCCUUGGAGGUGUGAGCGGGUUUGGUGUUACCGCAGGUGCCCAUCGGUACUGGACGCACAGAGCGUUCAAAGCUACGACGCCACUAAGAAUCAUAUUCAUGCUCUGUUUUUCUUUAUCGGGUCAGAACAAUAUAUUUAAUUGGGUGAGAGACCAUCGCGUCCAUCACAAAAGGUCUGAGACGAUAGCGGACCCGCACGAUGCGCGACGAGGAUUCUUCUUUGCCCACGUCGGGUGGCUUUUAAUGAAAAAACAUCCUCUUGUUGUCAAAGAAGGAAAUCAACUCGAUAUGAGUGACAUUAUCAAUGACCCAGUGGUCAAGUUUCAUACAAAAUACUUCAAUUUUUUCAAAAUAACAUUGUGUUUGAUUCUGCCCUCUAUAACUAAAGUGCUAUUAUGGAAUGAAACCUGGAAAGCCGCCAUAGUUUCGACGUUAGUAAGAUACCUAUCAAGCGUUAACUUCACCUGGUCUGUGAACAGCUUUGCACAUCUGUGGGGUAACAGGCCCUAUGAUAAACAUAUAAUGCCCGUAGAAAGUUGGAAAGUAUCAUUUUUUGCAAUGGGUGAAGGCUGGCACAACUAUCACCACACCUUUCCAUGGGACUACAAAGCGGCGGAGCUCUCUUAUUUUCUGAACGUUACUACGAUGUACAUAGACUUGUUUGCGGCCCUGGGAUGGGCAUAUGACUUGAAGAAGGCGUCGCCAUCCCUUAUAGAAGCUAUUGUAAAGAAAAGAGGAUAUAAAAGUUGAUAAAUUACGAAUAGCUUAACUGUAAAUAUUUAUACUGUAAAUAUUUAUAUGUAUAUUAUACUGUAUUUAUUUAUAUUGCAAAGUUUUUUUUUUCAAUAAUUUAUUUGCCACAAGAUGAAUUUUUAAUCUUAGUAGAGCAAAUUUCUUCUAAUGCGUUAUCUCAAAGUGACGCUCCUUACAUUUCAAAUGAAAUGUAUACGUAUCAAACUAAUACGUUUUUCUCUCCCGUAACCAGGCAAAAUAAUGUACAAAGGCAAUAGUGGGGCAAUGGUGAUUACAUUUCUAAACAAUAGAACCUUUAUGAAUAAAUGUGGUUUAGCGUUGGAAUAGUUCGUUAUAUGUUGGUGAACACACUGCAUAACUAUUCUAACUUUACGACACUUUUACUUUUAUAGCGUCGUAAAAAAAAUAUUUUAUUUCAGACAUAACGUGUUAUACUGUAGAGACACUAAAUACAGACACAUUUGUCGUUUCAAAAGUGCUUGUGAAAUAGGCCUAAUUGAAAUAAAAGAAUAUUUGCAUUUUUAAUUUUAAUGUCACACGCACGUUAACCAUAAAAUACUACAAGAUAUUGUUGUUGACACCUUAGCUUUGGUUAAUUUAAAUAAGUGAUUUCCGGAUUUUGUAAUAAUUUAUAUCAAUUUUAUUUUAACUAUACUUAUUUAUAAU